AGGAGGUAGCAUGUAUUCCGUGGAAUUAGUCGAGGUGCGUGUUAGAUGGCCACAUUGUAGUUAUGGAAAAAAUAAAGGAACUUUACAAGUUUAAUUCAGUUUUGAAAAAUCCAAGUGUGACAUUUCUAUGCUAGUUAUUUAUUAGGUUUGUUUGGUUUUUGGGAUUCUUAAGUUUUCUCAAAUAUAUCUGUGCAUCUGUACUUACUUUAAGUAUUCAGUAAGUGAAGGUUUGAUACUGGAAUGAAUUCAUUCAGAAGCUAAAUUAGAGUAUCGAAUGAGGCUAAAGAAGUUUUAUUGACUCUACUUUGUGGUUAAUCAUAAUGCUUUUUGCUAAGUGUGCUAGUAUUUUUAGAGUCUCGAAAAAAUGUCUAGAGAAAACUGAAAAAAGGAAAAAGAAUGAACUUCUAUGAUGCAUUUCUGAUUUCAAAUGAGGAAUUAAUUAAUCUUUCGUACAAUCAUUUGUUCAAAGUGGCAAGGAUUUUUUUCCUUUCUAUUUUGUUGGAUAUUGUUCUCAAACUUUUAAGCUUGAGAUGUAUACUAGUGGUAGAAGAUGCAACUGUUAUAAGUUGAACAAUCUUAGAAUGAUAUUUACUUUGUAGUGGAAUAGCGGAGAUAGGAUUAAAUGGCUACCUCGUAUUAAUGUAAUUGAUAUUCUACCCUUUCAUAGGAAAAAGUGGGACCUAUGAAUGAGUAAAAUUUGUUUACAGCGCGGCGCCGUGCCAAAGAGGUGCUGCAAAGAUCAUUUCCUCUCCCUAAAUUAGUAGUAUAGAUAAAAUAGUCUAGAGUACAUAUUUUCCGAGAAGAAUUCUAUGUAAUCUCCAAAUGCACCAGCAUAUACUAGGAUAUUAUCAAUGGAAAAGGUAGGUGUUUGAUUAGCUGUGAUGCUGACAUCUAUGGAACUGGUAGCUAUUUUUAGGAUCAGCCCAAGUCAUGGUAUUUGAUUUCUCAUUAGUAUGAAAUACCAAAGGUGGCCCUUUCUCUUUUUAGAGGCUUUUGAGUACUAGACCAAAGAUGUUGACCUGUGUGUGUUGCUUGAUCUUUCAGACGAAGAAAUGAUAAUAUUUGUUUGUCUUGCCCAGUUGCCUUAAAAUCUCGUAUUAUCCUAUAUUUUGAUCCAUAAAAUAAUGCAGUUACUUGUGUUUGUAUAUUUGUGUGGCCUCAAUUUUGAAGUGAACGGUCGCACUAAAAAGGAAAGAUCUUUGGUUCUAUGUACAGUUUUCUGAUGAAGAUGUUCUUUUUUUUUUUUUCCUUAAAGGAAGCAUAAAGUUAGAUCCGGUGCACAGCAAUAGAUGUUGAAAGCUAAGUGAUGGAGAUGUCCUAGUGUCGGCCCACGCCACGCUCCAGAGGUGCCCUCUGCUGGUACAGUGAUUAAAAGAGAGGGGGGGUUGGGAGGAAAGGCACCUGUUUAGUUCUAUGUAUAUAACCUACUGCUAAAGUUUGGUAUGCAAAUAUAGCCAUUCUAGAAGGUUGCGACAACAGAACAAUACACUAGAAGAUGCUGCAAAUGAACCAACCGUGCAAGGAACAUGUAAUGGCAUGAGAGUUCGUGAAGUAAAAGGCCCCUGCUGCAUUGGCUCAUCCGUAACAAAGCAGUGGUCAUCCUAGUGAAAUCCGAGAGAGGUUAUGGUUUACCUCUAUAAACAACAGAUUCUCAUUUGCCAAAACCAAAUAUGUGAUCUGUGAAUAGGUCUUCCAAAUCAAAGAUGUUGUCUUCCUCGCUGCUCGGGUUUGAACAGGGAUAAGUUCCACCACCACUAGGCCGGGAAUAGAUGGUAAUUGCAUGGUAGGAUUUGAGCUGGGGUGGAACCACCGCCACUAGUGCCAGGAAUUGAUGGCAAUUGCAAGGAAUCGACACAACGACCUCCCUCAGGAGCUCCUAUGGUGCUCUCGAAACUAUUCUUAGCACCACUACUAGAAGAUGUACAACCAUGGACUCCAAUAUGACCAGCAAUUGAUAAUGGCAAACUUGCAGUGUUAACGACAGGACCUACUUGAGUGGCUCCAAUCAGCUGCUUGGUCAAUAGCUCUUCCAGCUCAUACGCAACAUUAUUGACUGGAUGAGUGUACAUUCUAACUGAGAUCCAACAAAAUGAGCUUUGACCGAACAUGCAGUAGCUCCGCCUGGACUAAGGAGGAAGACAAAGCAUUCGAGACCGCCCUGCCUAUUUAUUUUGGAGACAGCGAUCUACUGAUGAAGAUAGCAGCAGCAGUUCCUCAGAAAUCUCUUCAAGAAAUUACUCAGCAUUAUAAUGACCUUGACGAAGAUGUAAAUGAUAUCGAGUCAGGUAAAGUUCCCCUACCUAAAUAUGGGAAAAUGCAAAGUUGUUCCAGCCGUAGAAGUAGGUCAUCGGGAGCAGUGGUAGAACGGAGAAAAGGGAUUCCCUGGACUGCAGAAGAACACAGGUUGUUUCUCCAAGGGUUGGAGAAAUAUGGUAAAGGUGAUUGGCGGGGUAUAUCGAGGAACUGUGUGAGAUCUAGAACAGCAACACAGGUGGCAAGCCAUGCCCAAAAGUUCUUCAAUCGAUUAAAUGACAAUGACAGGGCGAAGAGGAGAAGCAGCAUUCAUGAUAUCACUAGCGUGAAUGCUGCUGAUACUACUAAAUCUUCACAAGGUCCAAUCACUGACUAUGUAACUGAAGCUUUUGACUGAAGGAAUGAUAUCUUUA